AUGUCCAGCGUCCUCCGAAGCCGUUGCCCCACUGCCGGGCCCGAAACCGGUAAAGGCACCGGCAAGUCCACAACAACAACAACAACAACAAUAACUCCCAGGCUGGAACUUAUGUCACUACCAACCGAGAUACAUCUUGCUAUUUCUGAAUUUCUCAUCUAUCCUGAUGCUCUUUCAUUGAAACAUACCAACGCCCAUUUCUAUAGCCUUGUCGACACAGGCAUCAAUCUCAAGGUGGAAUGGCUGGUUGAACGAAGGAGUUUACAUCUGGAGUGUCCCAACGACAGGCGCUGUGAUCUCGGAAGUGAUCUCCGCUUCUGUCGUGGAACUUGCUCAUGCGCCGAAGACGAGAGCACGUCGAAUGUGAAUCUCGACCAGGCCUCGGGUGUCUUGUGUAUGGGACAAAGACAUGCUCCCAUCGCUCUUUGA